CAUUCAACUAACGACACCAGAGUCUACACCACCACGCACUACAAACUCCCCACUCUAACCUUCUCAACUCACCUAAAUAGCAAAAACAAUGGGCGGCGGAGAAAAAGUUCCCGGACAGUACAUGGGCUGGUGGGGCAGCCUCGGUUCCCCUCCACAAAAGGGAAUAACGACCUACACGCUCUCGGCGAAUCGUCAACGUCCGCUGGCUGGUACCAUGCAUGCGGCCGUCUUCAAUUCCUGGCGCAGGUUCAAGGGUCAGGUUCUGUACGUUGCGCCGCCAUUCGUUGUUGCAUACUUCGUUAUGGACUGGGCUGUUAAGGAGAAUCACUUCUUGAAUAGUAAGGAGGGGCGUAAGCUUCAUGGAGCUGAGGAGGAUUAGAGAGGAAUUAUUGGAUUGGCUAGGUUUGUGAGCUGGGUGGAGCGGCUCCGGGGUUUUCUUUUGAUAAAUUGAUGAUUGAUGGACGGGUGGAUGGGUGUGUUUGCCCAGAGGGUUCCUGCGGGUGUUUGUGGUCAAAUCAGACACCCCCGAGGGAACUCAGCUUACCUAGAGAAUCGAAAAUUAACCUCUUUG